GUUCCAACACUUCCGGUUCACUCCCGCUGCACGCUUCUGGUUUUGCUGUACUAUUUAAUCGUAGAACGUGGACACACGUGUAUUUACUCAUAGGGAUUGUGUCCACUUGUCAACACUAUCGCUCACUGAGGUGAGUGAAGCGCCUAAUUCAAUAUUCCGGAUUUGUGCUCGUUGAGUAAUGUACAGAAAGAGAAACGCUGCAGGGAGGCAAUUCUGAGAGUCAGAAUGUUUGCAGAAGAGGAGUGGAAUGAUGAACCCACUGCGCUGGUGCUGACACAAGCUGUCUUCCAUCAUAGGCAACUCUCAGAUUUCAAGAGUGUCACAGGAGUGGGGAAUAAGAAGAGCCUCUUGCGGACACUGCAGACUCUAGGCUCAGUCCCAGACUGGAACAGCCCCUGUAAAGAAGGUAGCAGUGACGGUGAAACAGACAAGGCUCCACAAGCUGCCAAGAAGAAAAGAGUCCGGAAGAACUAUAAGACUGCCAAGACAGAGGUCAAGGAUAAUGAAGAGGAUGAGGGUCCAGUGGAGAAAAAGAGAAAAGCUUGGCCUCAGAAGGGAGGAGAGCUGAGAGCUCAGCGAGACAGGCAGGGCAGCAAUAAAGAAGCAGAAAUGAUAAGGCAGGGCGAGUGCGAAACAGAGCAGCUGAAGAAGGAUGAGGGCCAGUCCAAGGUCAGCAGGAAGCAGUGGAAGAAUAAGAUGAAGAACAAAAGAAAAUGUAAAAACAAAUACCGGCAAAAUGGACAAGUGAGCACUGCCUUGGUAGUUAGAAAAGACGGAUCAGGAAGUCUGGAACGCUCUACUGUGGAAAGCAAGACAACACAUUCUUCACUCCAGGUCAGCCAAAGGCAAGAGCAGAAUAAGAGGGGAGAAGGUCCAGGCAAAAAAGAACCCAAGGGUUCAGCAGCCAAAAAAGUUGCAUUCAGAAGUGUUGAAGGAUCAGGUUUGAAAUCUCAGCCGGAUGGAGAAGAAAUAGAAACCAGUGGUUUGUGGGCCAUUUCAGCAAGGAAAAGGAAAAAAGAUCCAAAACAACAGCAAGCCAAACUGCAGAAGAUACUUAAGGUGCUGGAAUCUAAGAAAACAGGGUCCAGUGUGAGCCAAAAGGAGGAGAAAGUGGCUGACUCGCCCGUCCCUGCACUGGAUCGCUCAUCUGCCUUGCGAGCUCGCAUGGAACAACGGCUGGAAUCAGCACGUUUCCGUUACAUUAAUGAGCAACUGUACACCUCCACCAGUCAGGAGGCCUACAGAAUGUUCCAGCAGGAUCGUCAAGCCUUCAACAUCUAUCAUCAGGGAUUCAAAGCACAAGUGGAGCGAUGGCCAAACAAUCCAGUUGAUUCCAUCAUCAGCUAUAUCCGCAACAAGCCCUCUUCAAUGGUUGUUGCUGAUUUCGGCUGUGGCGAUUGUAAGAUUGCACACAGCGUGAAAAACAAAGUGCAUUCCUUUGACCUGUUGCCCAUAAGUGAUCUUGUUACCGUCUGUGACAUGGCCCAUGUCCCUCUCCCAGAUGGGUCGGUGGACAUUGCAAUAUUCUGUCUAUCCCUCAUGGGGACAAAUAUUGGUGAUUUUGUGGUGGAGGCUAACCGUGUGCUGGUGAAAAGUGGUAUCCUAAUGAUCGCUGAGGUAGCCAGCAGGUUCGAGAAUGUUCGCAGCUUCCUAAGUGCGUUGUCUACUCUUGGGUUCAAGUUAGCCACAAAGGACACUAGUAAUUGCUAUUUCUACACAUUUGAGUUAAUCAAGACAAAGGAAUCUGAAGGGAAAAGCCAUACAGCAGGUCUGGAACUAAAGCCCUGCAUGUACAAGAAGAGAUGAAGAAAGAAAAUUGACAGUGUGGUUUGGAAACCAAAUGGGCCUCAAAGUGGCUCGAAAUGGGUACCCCCAGUUAAGUACAGUGGACACGUAGCCUCUAAGGCACAGGAUUCUUGUUAUAUGUCUUAGUGAUACUCACAGCACAGAGAGACGUUGAACUGUAACAGACAGUUAUCUUCAGUAAUAAAUGUAUCUUUUCAAUUGAUGGAUUACUAAUGAAACCAUAAUACUUUAUUGGAAGGUGACUACAGUUUACAGGUAUUUUCAAAGUUAUUUAUUUUAGAUAUGAAAAAACAGUUUAAUGUGUAUGUGUGAUAUAUUUAAUUGUGAAAUGUGGAAAAGGGAUAUUCAUAAAUAGUAACAUAUGUAAUCGAUGAAAUACCUGUGUAAAUGUGUGAGCAAAGAGACUUCUAUAAUUGUGAUGUUAGCUACAAGACUUUUCCAGAAUUGUUCUUUAAAUUUCAUUGUAUUCCAAGUUUUAUAUUAACAACAAUUAUUUAGCCUAGAUUAUUUCAGUAAAAAAUGCUGUUAUUUAAA